AUGACAAAGGAAGAAACCAAACUCUUCAUUGAUGAAGACAAUGAUGAUAUGGAUGUAUCCAUGCCACAAAUUUCUAAUAUUAAUAUAGAUUCUACUCAUGAAUCAAUGUAUCAGGAAUCUUUAAACGAGCAAGGAUUAGAUGAUUCAGAUACUGAUUUAGAACUUGAAGAAGAAGAUCCGAUAAUUGAAUCCAUUCCUUUAUUCAUAAAUAGUAUAGGUGAAGAAGAAAGAGAAUCCCAAUCCAUUCAUUUAUUACAAUAUUCAAGUAAACCCAAAUCAAUACCUCAAACUAUCAAUCAUGUGGGGGCAGCAGUUAAACCAGAAUCUAAUUUUAUAAAAGUAAAGAUACCUUUAGAUACUAAUAAAUUCUAUGAUAAUUCCAAGACAGAAGAAUGGGGGGUUGCAGUUAAUGAACAUGAACAUAUGGGAGUUUUGAAUAAAACCAAUGGAGGUUUAUAUGCUGCUAAAUAUGUAAUUAAAGAUGGUGAGAAACAAGUUCAUUUGAUACCCAUAGAUUCAACCGCUCAAUUAAGACCUUCAUUUAAAUAUUUAGAUGAUAUAGAAAAUCUGAAAAUGUUACAAAGAAAGGAAAGUUUUGAUCAAUCAGCCAAACCUCAAAGUGUUCAUGUUCUUCAAAGUACUGCUAAGAAUACCAAAACUUCUAAUAAUGAUCCUUUUGUAAGCACUGCAUUGGGUGAAUCUUUGAAACAUGUUAGACGUUUCGAUCAAGAAGAAUGGUCAAAUGUUACUUGGGAAGAUGAUGAAAACCUUGAAAAAUUCACUGAAUCUACCACCAAACUUCAAACAAAAACCACCAUGGAUGAUUAUAUCAACCAAUUGACUCAUUAA